GACACACACACAGACACACAGACACAGACACACACACACACACACACACACACACAGACACACCUGGAGGAGACGACAACCAGAGAGGUACCGGGACACGACGCGUCCAGGAGGAAAGAAACAUCGGUCGAGGGGGAAGACGGAACCCGGGGGGAAAGUCUGUGACUCGGCAGCGACCAUGGUGGGCGAACGCCGCAAUGGGAACCUGCUGGUCCAGCUCGGCCCGAAGCUGCAGGCGUAUCCCGAGGAGCUGAUCCGCCAACGCCGCACCCACGACGGCCAGACGGAGUACCUGAUUCGCUGGUGCCUCGUCACCAUCGACGAUGGCUCCAACUCAGGGGGCGGGGCCGGCGAGACAGGGGGGGCGGGCAGCGGCAGCUCUGGAGUGGGGGGGUCCGGCAGCUCCACGUCAGGAGAAUCCAAACCGGAGAACAUUCUGAUGUGGAUGUCCACAGAGGACGUGUACGCCAACUGCCCCACCCUGCUUGGCAAGAGGAAGACAGACACGCAGGAGAAGAAGCAGGGCGGGGUGGCAGCAGAUGGAGGCCAGAGGAGCGGAGGCGACGAGUUCCAGUCAGACGCAACCUUCGACGAGGUGGAGCUGUCAGACAUGAAGGAGGAUGUGAAGAACCUGGUGCGUCGAGCCCGGAAGCAGAUGGCCAAGAAGAGCGACUUCUCAAUCAGCAUCACGCACACCAUCCACGUGUUGAGCGCCUACGCAAGCAUCGGCUCGCUGGUCGGCGUCUUCAAGGAGACGGGCGCACUCAACCUGCUGAUGGAGCUGCUGUGCAACAAGGAGACACAGACGAGACGCAGCGCCGGCAAGAUGCUGCGAGCGCUCGCCUCGCAUGACGCAGGAAGUCGAGCGUACGUCCUGCUGUCACUCAGUCAGCAGGACGGCAUCGAGCAGCACAUGGACUUUGACAACCGCUACACGCUGCUGGAGCUGUUCGCCGAGACCACGUCGUCAGAGGAACAUGGCAUCUCCUUCGAGGGGAUCCACCUGCCCCAGAUUCCCGGGAAGCUACUGUUCUCUCUGGUGAAGCGUUACCUGUGCGUCACGUCUCUCAUGGACAAACUCAACACGGCGGGGGCGGAGUCCAGCUCUGACAGACUGGACGCCAGCCCCUCCCCCGCCUCCACCAGCGCCGCCCACCAGUCGGAGCAUCUCCGCGUCCAGCGGGAGUUCGACUUCACUAUGGCCAUGGCCAACCUGAUCUCAGAGCUGGUGCGGGUGAUGGGCUGGGACCGGAACCGCCAGCCCCCCGAUGUCUCCGCCCACGGCCCCGGAGGAGCCGGGGCCUGUGGGGAGGAGCAGGUGGAGGGGGCGUCCCGUCCCAUCCUCAGGUCCAUCUUCCAGCCCCGAUUCUGUGCCUCCCCCGUCGUUUUGCCCGUCGUCUCUGCCAUUGCGGCGCCGGCCCCCGCGCCGCCAAAGAAGAAGACGUCAGGAAACGGAUUCAAAACACGCUCUGACUUCGCCAGCCGCUCAGCCUACGCAGAAUACGUCCAGGACAACCUGAAGAGCGGCAUGAUGGUCCGUAUGCUGGAGGACUACGAGGAGGUGAGCAACGGAGACGAGGGAGAGUUCCGCUACAGCAACGACGGCUCGCCGCCCGUUCAGGUGUAUUGGAACUCACUGUCCAGGACGUACUGGGUCCACUGGCACAUGGUGGAGAUUCUGGGCAGUGGCAGCAGCAGUCAGGCUGAGAAAGAGACUCAGGAGAAGGUUUCGUCCCUCACAGAGACCAUCAAACUCACCACAGUGAGCCAGACGUUCUUCUCGAAGCCCCCCGGCGGUCUUUACUCGCUGCCCUACCUGUCGGAGCGUCAGCAGACGGAGGCGGCGGCUCUGAGCAGAGCUGAGUGGUGGGAGAUUCUCUUCUUCAUCAAGAAGCUGGAGCCACAACAGCAGCAGGAGGUGAACGUCAUCCUGCUGCAGAGCCUGGAUGAGCAGGACGGAGAACUGGACGACUCGUCACUCAUCGGUCUGACCGUCCACGGAGACGUGGCCAAGAAGCUGCUUCACUACCUGAGGCUCAAGCUGCCGCCAUCUUGUCUCAGUGACCUGCUCUGCUCCCACGUCUUUUCCAAACACUACGUGAGGAGAGGAGGAGGACAACUGGAGGACGAAGAGCUGCUGGCUGAAGGUUCUCUGGGCUAUUCGUCUUUGGGAGGAGGAGGAGGAGCUGAGGGCUCCUCGUCUUCAUCAGCAGGCUCCUCCUCUUCCUCUUUCAUGGGCUCCGUCUCUAAGAAACUGAAGAAAGAGGCAGCUGCUGAUUCAGAGACGGAGAAUGAGCUGCCGGAGGACGACAGCAAGUAUCCUGACGACCUAGAGGACAAGAUGAAACUAUUCAACAGCCCACGGGUCCAGGGGAAGAAGACGGCGUUGGAGAAGAUGGGGGAGGUGGUGGACAUCUUGAAGAAGGGUGGUUCUAUCUCUGACCCGGUCCAGCAGCUUGCCGCGGUCCUCUUCAUCACCAGACUGCUGGAGGAGAACGGGCCACAGGAGAAGAACUACAUGAGGACGGACUCUGCUCAGACCACACGGGACAAGGUUCUGAAGCUGCUGGUGGAGCUGCUGGGCUCGUCCAGUAGAGACGUGGCGGUCGGCGCGCUCCGACUCACUCACCUCCUCAUGACCAAGUACGAGUGGAGAGUUUCCUUCGCCACUGAGGGUGGAGUCAAGGCCGUGCUGUCCUGCAUGCAGGAGUUCUCCUCCGUCGCACAUGUCCAGCAGCUGGCGCUCGCGACUCUGAAGGUCAUCACCGGAGCCAGUAAACAUGACUUUCGUGGCGUCGGCAGCGGACUUCCUCUGUCGGAGUCCGGCACGCAGAUGAUGUUGGAGAUCUUCGCCAGCAUCGGCUCUGCCACGCCAGAGGGCUCCAGGGGGCUGCUGGGCGCUGUCCCCAACGCCAUCGACCUCAUGCUGAAGACUAAAGGCUGCAUGCCAUCGGUGCGUAACGGCCUGCUCGUCAUCAUCAUGCUCAUCUCCAACCACAAGAGUCUGGCGGAGCAGUUGGUGGCGUGUGAUGUCACCGGCGUACUGAAGAAGUGUCUGGGUCUGUCAGGGGCCGAGACGAUGCUCGCCAUCAUCGCCCUCAACCACAUCUCCAUUGUCCACAAGCUGGAGAGCAAAGACUUCCAUGAACAUCUGGACUUUAAAGACACGGAGCUCCAGAUGUUGAUCGUGAGUUUGAAGGAAGCGACUAAAGAAGUGAUCCAGACUCUGGAGCAGCUGCUCUGCGCCGACAACACGCCGCUGGACGACGAGCGCUGCCAGGUGACCCACAACCGGGGCACCUACCAGGACCUGGUCCGUCAGAUGGAGCAGCACCGAGCCGACCGCGCUGUGCAGCUCUCCAUCCUCAGGAUCCUGAACAAGUUCCUGGACCACUACGAGGAGGACGUGCUGCCGUGGCACGAGAGCAUUGAGCCCUGCCUGUCGUCCAUGACGGCGUUCGUCAGCGACAGAGAGGUGGUGCAGCCUUUCAUCCACUUCCUGUACCGGCUGGCGUCCCUGAACAAAGACUACGCGGUGGUGAUGUGUCGUCUGGGAACCAAAGAGGUUCUGGUCAAAGCUCUGGACAAACACGGAACCAACCUGCUGCUGGUCACCGAGCUCCGGGACGUCGUGUCCGACUGCGACAAGUACGCCAGCCUCUACAAGAAGAUGACCACCAGCGUGCUCGCCGGCUGUAUCCAGAUGGUGCUGGGUCACAUCGAGGAGCAUCGCCGCAGCCACCAGCCAAUCAACAUCCCCUUCUUCAACGUCUUCCUCAGGAACCUGUGCCAAGGUUCCAGCGUGGAGCUGAAGGAGGACAAGUGCUGGGAGAAGGUGGAGGUUUCGUCCAAUCACCAUCGAGCAAACAAACUGAGCGACAAGAAUCCAAAGACGUACUGGGAAUCGAACGGCUGCACGGGGUCGCACUUCAUCAACGUGUACAUGCACAAGGGCGUCGUCAUCAGACAACUGGCCAUCCUGGUGGCCAGCGAGGACUCGAGCUACAUGCCGGCCCGGGUCCUGGUUCUGGGCGGAGACGACCCGACCAACAUCAACACAGAGCUCAACACAGUGAACGUGACUCCGUCAGCCAGUCGUGUGGUUCUACUGGAGAACUUGACCCGGUUCUGGUCCAUUAUCCAGAUCAGGAUCAAGAGAUGUCAGCAGGGUGGGAUCGACACCCGGGUCCACGGGUUCGAGGUUCUGGGUCCGAAGCCGACGUUCUGGCCGGUGUUUAAGGAACAGCUGUGCUGUCGGACCUUCCUGUUCUACAGCACCAAGGCUCACAGCUGGUGUCAGGAAGUGACAGAGGACAAGACGCAGCUGCUGCAGCUCUUCAACAAACUGAACUCUGCUCUGAGACAUGAGCAGAUGUUCGCUGAUCGUUUCCUUCCUGACGCCGAAGCAGCUGAAGCUCUGGGUCGAACCUGCUGGGAGGCUCUGAUCACCCCCAUCGUCCACAGUAUCACACUGUCAGAGGCCUCGGCAUCCAGCCCUCUGUCCUGGCUGCUCAGUGAGUACCUGGAGAACGCCGAGUCGGCUCGUCGCUGUAAAGGCCGGGCGGCCAUCUUUAACUCCAGAGUGAGACGCCUCACACACCUGCUGGUCCACGUGGACACGAGUCGCCCGGAUGGCGAGGAGCUGAAACCACCUGUCAAGUCCAACGGUAAAGAGAGUAAAAACAAAGACGCCAACGCCGCCUCUUCUUCCUCCACAUCUUCCUCAGUGAAGCCCAAAGUGAAGAGCAGCAGCAGCAUCGCGGGCAUCGCCCUCUGUUGGCAGGGCGUCGUGAAGCGCCAGGUGAAGAAGUUCCUGGAGUCCAGCUGCAGUCUGCCGGACUUCGUGGAGCGAUACCGGACUCUGUACCUUCGGCUGAAGAACGCCAUGGAGGAGCUGUUCGGGCAACAGACAGCGUUCGUCCUCGCGCUGCGACACGGCUUCUCUGCCGCGCUGCUGCAGCUCUCCAUUCUCCGAGCCAUGCACGUGAGCGAGCGUUUCGCUCAGUACCUGGAUCAGAUGAUCCAGGUCGGCGGCGCGGGGUCCGGCAGCGUGGAGACUCUGGAGCGGCUGCAGCAGUUCCUGGAGCCGAUGCUCUUCCUGUCGGGGCUGGAGCUCGCCAACACCUUUGAACACUUCUACAGGUAUUACCUGGGCGACCGGCUGCUGGCUCAGGGGAACGUGUGGUUGGAGGGCGCCGUCGUCGACCACAUCGGCAGCUGCUUCCCGAGUCGCUUCCCUCAGCAGAUGUUGAAGAACCUAAGCGAGUCGUCGGAGCUGCAGCAGGAGUUUCACCUCUACCGGCUGCAGCAGCUGGACCGCCGCCUGCAGGAGCACGACCAGAUGAUGGAGCAGGAGUGGGCGGAGUCAGAGGAGGAGUCAGACGUCCAGGUUCUGGUUCUGUCUCCACGUUGUUGGGCUGUGUCCUCGCUCUGCUUCCUGGAUGAACCAGCGAAACAUUUCCCAGCAGAACUUUGCUCGUACCUAAACCAGUUCACCCAGUUCUACACCCACAGUCAGUCCAUGUAUGGUCUAAGUCACUCGAAGCCGCGACGGCUGCAGUGGACGUGGCUCGGACACGCUCAGCUGACGUUCGGCUGCUGGACACUGCACGUGUCCACACUGCAGAUGUUCAUCCUGCUGCAGUUCAACAAGCAGGAGGAGGUCCAGGUGGAAGCUCUGCUUCAGACGACCCGUCUGUCUGCUGCUGUCCUGCUUCACGCUCUGACGCCGCUCAUCAGUGAUGGGGGGCCGCUGACCUGCAGCCCGCCGAAAGAUCCCAUCCAGGGUGUGCUGAUGUUGAACCAGCAGGUGGCGUCUCGCAGCUCGGACAGCGUCCCGACGACGGUCCGGCUGCUGCCCAGACAGAUGUACCUGAACGUGGACGAGGACGCGGCCGGAACGCUGGAGAGGAAGAGGAACUACAUCUACUGUCUGAUCGUCCACAUCAUGAAGCAGGAGAAGGAGAUGCACAUCGACAACCUCGUCUUCAAGGUUCUGGACUCGUGUCAGAAGCGCGAGGCGAGUGGCUCCGCGGCCGCCGGUCGGUUCGGCUGCAGCACUAGCGACGUCCUGUCCUGCAUCAUGCACGUCAUCAGUAAAGGCUGCGUGCGCCGCAACGAGGAGAACCCGCACAUCGUGGAGUUCCUGCCCGAGGACCCGUCAACGCCGCAGAAGGGCCAGGCCCAGUUCUCCUUUAGCCGGACCGAGACCGGGACGGAUGCCAUCAGCCUGGUGGUGGCUCCGCGGCUGUUAGAGGACGGCGUCCUGGACGCGGUCCUGUUCUCGAUGGGUCGGACGAUGACGCAGGAGGAGGUCCGUCAGCUGAUGCAGAAGACGGUGCAGCAGGUCUCAGGGACUCUGAGUCUGGACCUGGACCGAGCCGAGCACCUGCUGCUCCACUGUAAGUGGAACGUGGACCUGCUGGUGCAGCGCUACACCGACGAUCCCGACGCCCUCAUCAUGGCCGCCGGGAUCAAGUGCCGAAACCCUCAGCCGCCGCCGAGCCCCGCAUCCACCUGCCCAGUCUGCCUGGGCCCCCGGAACCCGGAGCCGGUCCCGUCCCUGAGCUGCAUGCACUACUGCUGCAGGUCGUGCUGGCAGGAGUACCUGACCGCAAGGAUCGAGCAGAACCUGGUGAUGAACUGUAACUGUCCAAUCACAGACUGCCAGGCUCAGCCCACCUCCCAGUUCUUCCUCAGCAUUCUCACCGACAAAGACACCAUCGCCAAGUAUGAGAACGCCCUGCUGCGUGUCUACGUCGAGUGCUGCUCCAACCUGACGUGGUGCACCAACCCUCAGGGCUGUGACCAGAUCCUCUGUAAGGAGAACGUGGGAAGCAUGGGGACCUGCUCCAAGUGCUGCUGGUCGUCCUGCUUCAGCUGCAACUUCCCCGAGGCCCACUACCCGGCCAGCUGCAGCCACAUGUCCCAGUGGAUGGACGACGGAGGUUAUUAUGAAGGGAUGAACAUGGAGGCUCAGAGCAAACAUCUCGCCAAGCUCAUCUCCAAACGCUGCCCGAGCUGCCAGGCCCAGAUCGAGAAGAACGAGGGCUGUCUGCAUAUGACCUGUGCCAAGUGUAACCAUGGAUUCUGCUGGCGAUGUCUGAAACCAUGGAAACCGACACACAAAGAUUAUUACAACUGCUCGGCCAUGGUGAGUAAAGCGGCGCGUCAGGAGAAGAAGUUCCAGGACUAUAACGAGCGAUGCACCUUCCACCAUCAGGCAAAGGACUUUGCGAUCAACCUGGAGAACAAAGUGUCGUCCAUCAACGAGGCUCUGCAGAUGAAGUCGCUGACCUUCGUCAUCGACGCCUGUAAAGUCCUCGCUCAGGGUCGGAAGGUGUCGGCCUACUCCUGCGUCUACAGUUACUACAACCAGGAGACGGAGAAGAUGGAUGUGAUGGAGCAGCAGACGGAGGCUCUGGACCUGCACACCAAUGCCUUGCAGAUCCUGCUGGAGGAGACGCUGCUGCAGUGCACUGACCUGGCCUCGUGUGUGCGGCUGCUCAAACCAGAACACCUGAACACCGGACUGGAACUGAUCCGACGCAUCCAGGAGCGUCUGCUGGCCAUCCUGCAGCACUCCACCCAGGACUUCCGGGUGGGUUAUCAGUCCAAGAGCAGCCAGGAACCAGAAUCCACUCAGACGUCCAACUUGUCCAACAACAGCGACGCCAACAAAGUGUCUGAGUCCGGAGACUCGGACAACAACAACAGAGGCGAGGAGGCGGAGGAUGACGAGUACGACGAAGAGUACGUCCCCGAGUGGCACGAGGACUACGACGAGGACGACAUUGACGAGGACGACUUCUUCUCAGACGACGACGAGUCCGAGAACCUGGAGAGAGACUUCAGCCCGUUCGACUAAGCCGAGGACAAACAGAACCUCCAGAGAAGAAGAAGAGAGGGAGGACAAGUCGGGCCCCGCCCACUUCUCACGCCACCUGACAUUGUCAGGACCGACGGGAGAUGAUCAGCGGGACGUCCUCUUCACCAGAACCCUCACCUGAACCCCAACACCUGCACUCACCUUCUGUCAGUUUGUCACUUGAUGGAAACAAGUUCUGAGUUUAAUCUUCAGGUUAUUCAUCAGUUCAGAUUUCAGUUUGUCGUCAAGGUCGUGAGAUCUGUCCCAUCCCACUGGAACCAGUAUGAACCAGUCUGAACCAGUCACUUUAGAUUCAGUAUUUUUGUCUCAGGAUGUUUUGUUUCUGAAAAUCCCGACUGAUUUUAAAUCCAGAUUUUAUGAUCCUGACUUGAAUCCAGAACUUGUUUCCCGCAUGUCGUCUCCAGUUCAGAACCUCCUCGGCUCAGUUCUGGUUCUCGAUCUUUUCUGUUUGUUUCCUUUAUCAGUUGAUUCAUUCUUAGUUAUAAUCCAGAGUCGUUGAUUUUUUUGUACCAGUUCUGAUCUUUGUUUCUUCAUCACAUGUUCUGCCUUCAUCAGUUGAUGAGUCGCCUUCGUCUGAGAGCAAAGAUUAAUAAUCAGUUUAUAUGGUAACAGAUUUUGUACAUGUUUGAAAAGUGGGAUGUUUCAUCAGAAGAAGGCAACGUCGUUCUGACAUCAACUUCACGUGUCACUGCAAUAACUGAUCAAUAACUGAUCGAUGAUCAAUGAUCGUCUACCUGGUCUGUCGCUCAGCAGAGACUCUGGUGGUUUGUGGUUUGUUGUGGACAACUCGUUGCUCCGCAGCAGUGGACGACCUGACGCUCUGUGAUGAUGUCACUUUGACAAACGUAUAUUCACAUCGUUGAUAAUCUUCUUUCUGUUUGUUUGUUGGAGUCGAGCGACUUCAGCUGCAAAGUCAAUAAAAGCUUUUUCUGCAGAUCAUGAAGAAAAGUUCCUUUAAACCAUCA